ACAGGUACAGUAAAGAAACAGACACAGGGGCAACUAUAUUACCAGAAUCUGUAUAUAGACAGAAAACACAGCAAGUUGUUGGAGAGGUCAUCUAUGCUGAGCCAGAUAUGAACACGGUCACGUUUGACAGAGGUGAGAUGGAGGAGAGGAUUGUGGAUAUCUACGUCAGUGCAGACACCCUGAGAGACGGUGAGACCAGCACUAAGAGAGAAGAGACAGCAGACACUGCUCCUAAUAAUGGACCAGGAGACCAGCACUCAGAGCCUGAUAGCUCAGGGAAGAGACCCUUCCUAGUUGCUGCAGUGUUUCUGGGGCUGCUGUGUGUUCUACUGGCUGGGAUCAUAGGCCUGUCUGUCUACUAUAACAGAGUCAUCAAAGAUUCUGAGGAUAAAAGGAACAUCUUGUCACAGAGUUGUUCCCUUUAUAAGACUAACACAACUGCAGAGAGAGACCAGCUACAGACCAGAUACAACAACCUGACUGAUGAGAGAGACAGGCUUCAGAAUUUGCUUUGUGAAAGAACAUGUUGUUCAGACGGAUGGAAGAAGUUUGAAUGCAGUUGUUACUUCAUCUCUACUGAGAAGAAAACCUGGGAGAAGAGCAGAGAGGACUGUCUGGAGAGAGGAACAGACCUGGUGAUUAUAAACAGCAAAGAGGAACAGGAGUUUCUCUUCAACUUCAAGAAGAGAGUCUGGAUUGGUCUGACUGACAGAGAGACAGAGGAGACCUGGAAAUGGGUGGAUGGAACACCACUGACCACAGAGUACUGGUAUGACCCACAGCCUGAUAAUGCAGGUUCUACUGGGGAGGAGGACUGUGUUGAGAUACACAAAGAUCAGAGUCCUCUAAAGGCAUGGAAUGACUUGUCAUGUGGCAGCAAACUGAACUGGAUUUGUGAGAAUGUGGUUUAACAUCACCAUACUGUAACACAUGCUCUCUCUCUCUCUCUCUCUCUCUCUCUCUCUCUCUCUCUCUCUCUCUCUCUCUCUCUCUCUCUCUCUCUCUCUCUCUCUCUCUCUCUCUCUCUCUCUCUCUCUCACUCUCUCUCACUCUCUCACUCACUCUCUCACUCACUCACUCUCUCACUCACUCACUUCCAUUCUCUAGUUCAUAUCUUCCUGGUAUGAUCGUGUCCUGUCCAUCGUCACAAAUAGCAAGUGCCAGGCUGCACACACUGGACAGCUCUCAUAGAGAGAUAGUGGUAGACUAUGGAGAUGUCUGUGUCCACUGUUUAUAUCAAUGAAGAUGUUAGAGGAAUACAGUGUGUUUUAGGGGACCAGUUUCACAAUAGAGCCCAUCUAUUUUAAUGAAUUUACUAUAUAUUUAAACUACUUUUACUUAUGCUUCACUAUAAUCUUAAAUAAAAUAGUGUACUUUUA